AUGGACUCCCCCGGCUCCCCCCUCUCGUCCAUCGCCUCGGACGAUAUCUCAGACCGCGAAGAUGCAAUCCCAUCCAGCGUCAACACCAACAUGCCUCCCUCCAAACGCCGUCGCACCGGCAUAGCUCCUCAAGACGGCAACACAACCCCCAUCUCAACAACCUACCAAGACCAAGAAGACCUGCAACCACCCGCUUCGCCCUCGACCUCCAUCUCCUCUGACACGUCCGGCGAGAUCCCCAACUCGCCCACCGCGCUCUCGCUGCUGGGGAACAGCCAAGAGGAGGAUUACAGCGGACAGGGCAGUGACCAGGUGACGGUGUGUCGGUGGGAAGGGUGCGACUCGGGGGAUUUGGGGAAUAUGGAUGAUCUGGUGGGGCACAUUCACAAUGAACAUAUUGGGUCGAGGCAGAAGAAGUAUUCGUGCGAAUGGGUGGAUUGUAAUCGGAAGGGGCAGACGCAUGCUAGUGGGUAUGCAUUAAGGGCUCAUAUGCGGAGUCAUACGAGAGAGAAGCCGUUUUACUGUUCUUUGCCAGAAUGUGAUCGCAGCUUUACCCGCUCAGACGCCCUGACGAAACACAUGCGAACCGUCCACGAAGCCGAAGCGCUACGCCCUCUCGAGGCUCUCAAAGGCACUACCUCUCUUCCUGUCAUCGGUGGUCCCACCGCAACCCCAGCUAGCAAGCUUCAACGCAUCAAGCUCAAACUCACCCAACCACCGCGCGACGACGCCAGCGAAAGCACAGCCGAAGAACACCCACCCGCAGUCUCAACCAUCGAUGACGACCUAGGCGAAAUUGAUAUCGACCUCCCCGAAUAUGGCCCCGAAAUCGGCUUCGACGAGCACGAACUCUCCCUCCCCCCGCGGGACCUCUACCGUCUCCUGCGUCGCCAGAUCCACUGGGCAGAAAAAGAAGGCGAGAACCUGCGCGCAGAAUGGGAGCGCACAAUUCCGAAGCGCAAGCAAUCCUGGUUAGAGAAGGAGGGUGUCUUUGACGAUGUGAUUGAUGCAGAAUUGCGCUGGUUCGGGACAAUUGUCGGUGUGCAUGAGAGAGAGGGCACAAGUAAUGAUGUGACGAAUGAGCUAUUUCCGACACCGCCGAGGGAAGCUGAGCGUGCACUGAAGAGGUAUAGGCUCGAGAAAGGGUUGAUGCCCGAGGAGGAAGCAAGGCAAUUGAAAGAGACGGAUUACUUUUAUCAAGCCGGGCAAAAGUUCCCUGUGGACUAUUAG